UUGAUCAAAGCCAAGCGCAUUAUUUUUUUUUCAAGUCUCACUGUUCAAAUUCAGAAUUGCAUCAUUCCGUUGGAAACAAGGGUAGUCGAAGAGCCUCUUGUCGCAGUUAGGAAAAGGCAGCCGGUAAAAAAUGGAGAAAAGAAGGGUGCAGUGAAAAUAUCACUUAACGAUUGUCUAGCAUGUAGCGGUUGUAUUACAAGUGCGGAAACAGUCUUGGUCGAAGAGCAGUCAAUUUCAAGGUUACUGGAGGGGAUGUCUGGCAAACAAAUUUCUGUGGUUACUGUUUGCCCACAAAGUGUCUGCUCAAUUGCCGUGAAGAGGAAAAUCUCUGUUUCUCAAGCGGGCGCCAGGCUUCGAAUGAUAAGCGUCAUAGCUUCUUCUCUAAAGUAA